AUGAACAGCUUUUUUCUUGUGGACCUGAUGGGACAGAUGGGAGUCGGGACAUUUCACAGGAGCUCGCUGCAGGCUGCGUGGCUGUGUUGUCUUUUGGCUGCCCAGGUGCACAGCUGUCCAGAUGCCUGCACAAAGUGUUCCCAAAACAACCAGUGUGAGGAGUGCAGAGCAGGAUGGAUGCUUCAUAACAACACCUGUGUAGAUGUUGAUGAGUGCGACACUGAACUGGGCGUCUGUCCUGCAAACAGCUACUGCUUCAACACAGACGGCUCCUUUCAGUGCAGAGACUGUGACUCGGCCUGUGCGGGCUGUAUGGGUAGUGGACCAGCACGCUGCAGGAAAUGUGCCUCUGGGUACACACUGACGGGGUCCAAGUGUUUGGAUAUAGAUGAAUGCAGUGACAGAGUACUCGCCUGUCAUGGUCUGGAUGAGAUUUGUACUAACACAGAGGGCUCUUUCCGCUGCGACUGCGCUGAAGGAUUCAUCCAUAAGGACGGUGUCUGUGUAAAGAAGCAGCAGCCUC